GUAACGACUCGGCCGGGCCAAGAGGUGGUGCUGGUGCUGGAGGAAACAGUGGGUCGGGCUCGAGUGGCCAGGGUCGGAGCUCAGGAGGUGGCUCGUCUAAUGCUCGCACAAAGCGCAGUCUGAAGCCUACAUAUUCUCAGGGAGACAACAAGCGCCCCCGACAGCAUUCAGAUUUCCAGGUUGUUCUGAACCGAUUACACCUCGCAUUUAAUUGUCCGGGUGAACAACUGCUAUCGGAUGGCUUCAGUCACUAUUUUUUCAUUCCUACGGCAGAGUCAUCCACUGGUUAGCGGCAGUGGAACAUCAAGUAGUGAUACUGAUGCCUUUUGGUCACCAACGAGCACUGUCAGCUCAAUUCAUUCUCUGCCUCUAUCUUCCCCGCAAUACAGCCCUGUCCGCCCGAAAGGCAUCACCACAACCAGAUCCACAGAUAAUUCACUGACCCAAACAACCUCGCAAUCAGUUGUGGAAUCGUUAAGCGCCACUUCUCUCAUUGAAUCCCGCCCUCAGAAUCCCCUCUCAAUCAUUGAUCAUGCCGGUGUGAUCCUCGACACUAAGGUUCAUCAGUCUACUAUCGGGAUUGUAUGGGCCGGAAAGAUGUAUCUCGAAGGACUGGCAUCCGUCCCUAAACCCCUACGUAUUGUAGUCAAGCUUGCGGACUGGGAGAGAGAUAGCGAGGCGCCUGAGGGAUCUGAAACUCUUCACGGUAAAGCUCUCCGCUCUGAAGCCAAGAUUUACCACCACUUGGUUGGGUCAAAUAUUGGCCCUCAUUUCUAUGGCGUUUUCAAUAACUCAGGAUCAAUUGCACUUGUUCUCGAAUACAUGGGUAAAAGGCUCUCCAAUUUUGGUACCCUCACAGAUGAUAGCAAACACAAACUGUAUGAUCAAGUUUGCAACUUGCAUGCGCUUGGGGUCCAGCACAAUGAUCUAGCCCCACGUAAUAUCCUGAUCAACAAAGAGGAAGAUUUGACUAUCAUUGAUUUUCACCAAUCAGAACUUGGGCAUCAGUGCAAGGGAUCCGGAAGAUGCUCAGAGUUAAGGGACUUUGCGGAGCAACUUCGGAUAGUUGUUUGAAUUGUUGCACGUUCGAUUUAAGGUCAAUGACAAGCUGCUGCUGUACUAGGUUCACCAGUUGCGUAAAGGAAUAGUGUAAAUUCGAAAGACC